AUGGACGCCACGCCGAACAACACCACGGUUCGUUGUUUUUUUCUAAAUUCCUUCAUCUGAAUUAAAUUGGAUUAACUGAAAAUUAAUUCAAUUUAAUUGAACACAAUCAACUAAAUUCUUUUUUUCGUUAAUUCUGAAAAAAAUAAGUCUUGAAGAUAUUAUCUUAAAAUAUUAAAAGACGGGUUUUCAUAAAUAAACAUAGGAAUGAAAAAAUCAGCUAUGAAUUAAAAGCGAAAACUUUUGAUGGUGUUUUAUUUAGGAACUUUGGGCCGUCGGAGACCUGGUCGUCCGACGAGAAGGCCUCGCCGUCGAGGUCUUCCACCAGGCCUCGGUGAGUUUUUCAAAUGCUUCUUUCUCAUCGAUCGUCAAAGUCUUGACGAAACUUAUUGAAGAAAAUCGAAAAUCUCGGAGAACUUGAACUUAUAUGUCCAUUUUUCCUUUGUUUUACCAAAAAUCCUUCGAUAACAAACCACUUUUAUUUGAAAAUUUCAGGACGCCCAGUUCCGACGGACGGCCACGCAGACCGAGGUGAGCCUUAACUCUUUUGUUCAUAUUUCAUCGAAAAAAAAACCAAAACUAAACACUUCAACUUUUCGAAAACCUAAGCUUUUAUUCUUCAAAGUAUUUUGCACUUAACUUUUAGUAGAAACAUGGGAGACCUUUUAUAGAUCUAGAAAAACCUGACAAAAAGAGAAAAAAAAAAUUGUAAGCAUUGAAUAACCGGAAACGACAAAAAGUUUAAUCGAUCUUUGAUAAUGGUCCUUCAUUGAUUUGAGAUGCGUUCCAGGGAGAUAACGGAACAUAAAUUUUGAUGAAACUGCUUUUGACUACCGGAUCAAUAAGAAAAUUUUUCAGCGCGUCUCGGAAAUGGCGAUGGACCGAGAGCUGGCCGAGCGCCAAAGACGUGUCCGACUCCUCAUGGACACGUUGUUGGCUCGGACCCAGCUCGGAGGUACGGAACAUUUUCAGAAAUAUCCCUCUUUCUCACAAUUCCCAAAGCGGAACCGAAGAUCCCAAAUAUAUCAUUAAAUUCUUUUCAAUCGGAUUUUUAAAAAAUCCUCUACAUGAUUUUACUCCUUGAAAAACCAGAGAACCAUUCACUGUAGUCUCUCUUGAAAAAAAUUUAUUCUCAAUUUAGCCUUAUUUUGAUUGAACAGACUUUUUAAAUUUAUAAAAAAAGGAGCUCUUAAAUGUUUCAGUUCAAGAUGAGCAAAGUGUCCCAGAAAACUCGUGCUUGGAAGUUUGCGCUAAUUAAAAAAAGGCGAAAUAUUCGACCGGAAUAAGAAAAAUAAAUUCCUAAGCUUCUUUUUCGAGUUGAGAAAUAGUCAAUAGAAUCAACAAAAAGAGGAAAAAUUUUUUUGAUCAUGAAAGCCUUUUUUUAAGUAAUCAAAAAAUUGUAACACACAAAUACAAGGCUUACAACUUGAUCUCAAAAAUUAUUUCAUCGAAGAGAAAAAGAAAAAUGAAACAGAUUUGACAACUUGUGCCGCCUUCACAUCUAGUCUUCAUCUUUGAAACAUUCCAAACUUGGUUCAAAUAUUGAUAGUGAGACCAUUAAGAUUAGAAUCGGAGAGAUGAAAAAUCCGAGCAUUUUUUUCUUUUUCUACAUAGUUUUGUUUGAGAAAUAGAAUUUCUUGAACCUCUUGCUCGCCGAUAACCCUUGUUUUUCGGCAUUUUAACGAAUUAUUUCAGAUAGAUUUCAAGAGAAUUUGAGAAAUACCUAAUUUCAAUCCAAAUAAAAAAAUGAGACUUGUGCCAGUUUGAUGGCAUCGCACAGAAAGAAACUUAUGAGAAAUAAAAAAAACUAUAUCACAGGUUAAAAAAAGUUAUAAAAAGCGUAUUUUACAGGUCCAUACGUCGAGACCAGGGAGCGCGGAGUCCAAGCCGCAGACAAGGCGGAAGAGGAGAAGGAAAAAGGAGAAGUUGGAACUUCUCAAAAGGUCGUAUUUUUAUUUUUAAAAAAAAUCCGUUUUUCAUUUAUAUAACUAUCCCUUAUCAAAAAAGUUUCCUUCGCAUUUUUCAAAACAACACUCUACAAAAAUAAUUGAUCUAUCGCUUUUUUUAGCAAGUGAAUUAUGAAAUAGAGAAGAAUAGAUAAAUAUUCAAAAAAAAGUUUUAGGUUACCAAAAGGAUGUAAUAACCUUUUAACUAAUUCAGUAUCAUUUCAGAGAAAAGGAAGAAAAAGAGAGGCGUCUGGAGGCCGCGACGGCCGAGAACGCAAGCCUGACGUGCUUACGGUUCACUACUCACGACGAUGUUUUUUUGGUACCUUUUUCACCGGAAAGGACCCGUAA